AUGAGUAGAGUGUAUAGAAUUUCAAAUUUAAUUAAGAUCAUCUUUUCGGAGAAAGUUCAGAUGUCAAGCUUCCUUGAAAAAAUGGUUGAUGAGAUAGAGGAUUAUAGAUGCGAAUGUAAAAUAUCGGAAUCUUGCAUGGUAUGUGAAACUAAAAAAUGGAUGCAGAUGCUAUAAUAAUUUAAUGGAAUUUUAAACUAGCAAUAAAUGCCUGUUUUUCCAGAGGAUAAUUUUAACAUACCCUUAUACUUGUCAAAAGUGUAUGAAAUAAUACAUGCGGUUUUUAUAUUUAAAUCAGCCACAAUGAAAAACCUUAACAAUCAUGAAGAUGAAUUUUUCAAAAUCAGAAGUGACAACGAAUCCUUAAAGGUUAAGGCUAAACGAUUGUAAGAAGAAAUAGAUUAAAAAAUAAAACAAAUUGGGUAACUUGAAAACUAAAUUACUUCUUUGAAUAAAUCCAAUAAACUCGUAAAUGAUAAACUUCUCUCAGAAAAGGAAGAAUUGAAUUAAAAAGUUAUUAAAAUUCAAAACAAAGUGCAAUUGAUGCAGAGUGAGUUCAAAAAAAAAGAAUUGGAAUUUUUAAAAAUGAAAGAUUAGUUAAGAAGCAAAGAUAGAAUCAAUUAUGCUAAUAAAUAUGACGUAAUCCCAUUGAAAACCUAGAUAUCAUAAUAGAAUGGUUUUGACACAUGGGUCUCUACAAGAAAAGGCCUAAUUGAUGAAGUAUGCUCUUUACAGGAUACCUUAAGUACAUUAAUUUCUAUAUUGAAUCAUUUUUUUUAAUCGUUGAACAAUGGUUCUGACUCUUUCAACCCUGAUAUUAUUCGAUUGCCCUAACAAGGUGGGAAAAGUAUUUUUUGGAUUAAAUAACAACUAUAAAAAUUAAAUGGUCAAUUUAACAUAGAUGAUUCCUUUCUGAAAGAAUUACCAUAAUUAAGUUCCAGUUUCAUUUCAUAAGAAUAAUAAUAAUAAUAAUAACCAUUAGCAUCCAAACAAUAAUAACUAAAUCUAUCUCACAAUAAAACAAAUAGUAUAAGCAAUAGUGGCAAGAAGGACAGUUUUAAAAUGAUUAAUCGAAGCUAAACAUUACAUUUCCAAUAACAAUAACCUUUACCUGAUGAAACAAUUAGUAUUUUGUCUAGAAUAUCCAUUAAUGAUGUUUCCUUAGUGGAAUCUACUAAUAGUGCCAAAUUCGCAGAGAAGCCCCCAUAAGAUAAAUAAUAAUUGAAGAAAUGGGAGUUUGUAUUCAAACAAUAAUGA